AUGGCCCUUUCUCAUUGUGUGUGGACGAUUUACACGUCCUACUCCUCUGAGGCAUGGGAGGAUGUUACUGAGCUGAUGGUUCUUGCAAUAAACUCGCCCUCGGAGAGCUCAUUGAAGAACACUUCUGGCGGCACCAGCACUAUUAUGACUUGGAAAAAGAAGAUGGCAGUUAGAGUUGACUCAAACUCUGGCCUGGGAACCGAGAAAGAAAAACUACAGGCUAUAUUUGGUGACGAGAAAAAGGUGGAGCCGAAUGUCGAAUAUUGA